AUGAUAGCGCAAUUUAUCGAGGGCCAUCAGAGUUCAUGGGACGAGCUUUUGCCCGAGAUAUCGCUAGCGGUCAACACCAGCGUGGCGGACUCAACGGGAUUUAGUCCUGCUUUCCUGAUGCAAGGCAGGGAACCUCGGUUACCCGCAGCUCUGUACGAUCAGCAACCUCCAGCGCGCAUCAAAGGACCAGGGCAGGCAUUACAACUUGCGAAGUCGAGGCAGCACCUGUUGAGGCAGCACCAGUUGUCCAACGCUGCUGAGGGCUUCGCUGCAAAGUUGGCACCCAAAUUCGAUGGCCCCUAUCGGGUCGUCAAGUUUAUGUCCCCCAACAUCGUGCGCCUAGUGAGGCCAGGCGAACGGAAGAAGACGGUGGCCAAUGUCUCGCAGCUGAAGCCGUUCCACCAAGAGAUGACCGAAGACGGAGAGGGACCAGACCCGACGGACGUGGUAGAGUUUGUGGCCACUGUGGUACCCACCCCACAGUUCAUAAUUGUAGUUUAG